AUCAAAACUGAGGAAACCAAGUAUGAUCCCUCCCUCCGUCCUCUAAACCCCAGUUAUGAUCCAGCUUCUGCUAAAAUCAUCCUUAACAACGGGCACUCCACCAGUGUGGAGUUUGAUGACACCGUCAACAAAUCAGGUUCAUUCCAACCGAAUCGCUCAAAUCUCUUAUCUGAAUUUAGCUGCAGGUUUGGUUAUAUGUUUUUCCCCUUUUUACGACCUAUACUCAGACUUCUUAUGACAAGUAAGAGCUAAUACAGAACAAGUGAAAUAGAUCCCAAGUAAUCCCUUUUCUUCUCUGAAAAGUAUUAUUGCCCAAGGCUUUUCCAGGAGUAUGUAGCUUCCGUUUAGUUACAUAGUAUGUAGCAAACAAUAAUUCUUAUUUAGAAGUUCUCUGAUGUAUUAUAGUCUUUGUAAUGUUACUGCCUUCAUCUUUGAAACCUUCUCUUGGAUUUUGGGCAAGGCAGCAUGCACCUCUUCAAGCUGUAGGAGUGCAGAAUCUUCAAGCAAUAAAAUUGUUUUGUGGCUGUGUGAGGCUUAGCUGAGGAUUCAAGACCAUGUAAUGCUUUCAUAAGCAUCAAAGCCAGAGAGAGACUGAUUUUUUGAUGACCCCUUAGUCCUGAGGACUUUUUAGCUCGUAGUGGCAAGAGGGAGAGACAUAGAUGGAGACAUCGUCAUGUUUUUGUUUCCUGAACAGUCUUAGUUUUAAACUUUCUGUCAACAUUGGAUGUUGCCUGAAAGCCACCAGCUGACCAUCAGUGAUCAGUCUGACCUUGUGUCAGAUGCUGCGGAACUUCCCAGAAUUAAUCUCUGCUUCGAGCCUAGUAGAUGCUGGUGAACUAAAGCACAUCUUUUAGAAAAAUACAUAAUCUUGAUUUCAAAUUUUCCAGCGAUGCUGAACCUACCACAGCCUUUGGUCAUUGCUCAAAAAAUACUGAAUUUUCUAGGGCCCAAAUUUGGCUUCUGGGGCACCUCUGUGAAUGCUGACUGGGGGGCCACUCAGCGGGACCUACAGGCUGCGCCAGAUUCACUUCCACUGGGGAUCCAAUGAUGAAGCUGGCUCUGAGCACACGGUGGAUGGGAUGAAGUAUGCGGCAGAGCUUCAUGUGGUCCAUUGGAAUGCAGAGAAGUAUUCCAGUUUUGUUGAAGCAGCUUCUCAGUCAGAUGGACUAGCAGUCAUGGCUGUAUUUCUGAAGAUUGGUGAAUGCAACCCUCAACUGAGCAAGAUUACUGACCGCUUGGACACAAUCAGAAUCAAGGGAAAAAAAGCACUAUUCACAAACUUUGAUCCCCGCUGUCUGCUUCCCAAGUCCCUGGACUACUGGACUUACUUUGGCUCUCUCACUGUUCCACCUCUCCUUGAGAGUGUCAUCUGGAUUGUUCUGAGAGAGCCCAUAAGUGUUUGUUCUGAACAGCUGGCCAAAUUCCGCAGCCUCCUGAGCACUGCUGAGGAUGAGGUCGCCUGCUGCUUGCUGAGAAACUUCCGACCUCCCCAGCCUCUAAGGGGACGAGAAGUCAGAAGGAAUUGAAGGAGUAAAUCCAGAGUAGGCUUCUUCUGAAACCAAAGGCCGAAUUCAUUUUAAUAGUUAAUAUACUUUGUGAUGUUUAAUUUCUUUUUGUGAGUUCUUUUAACCAAUAGGUGUUGUUUUAUUAGUGGUUUCCAUGCAGUCAUUUCUCACACAUGUAUGUCUGGAGUUAUCACAGGUUCAUUGAUGUUAACAGGUCUGACUGGGUUUGAAUGCAUUGUCUUGGAAGUACUGAGCCAUCAGCAUUGCAUACACAGAGGUCACUGCUAAUCAUAAGGGACAAAAAUGGUGAAGGAGUUGCCCAGAUUUUGCCACCAAAUUACUGAACAGGAUCCUUGGUAUUAUUGAUCAAGUAUAGGAUGUUCUGGGAUUUUUGUUCUGGUCUCUAACAUAACAUUUAGCUUCUGUAUAAACCUCACAUUGCAGUUCUCAAGGAAAAAAAUCUCAAGGAUGAUGUAAUUUCAUUGCUGACUUCUGCAAUACCAUAUUUACUUUCCUACAAAAAGUAGUAAUGACUAGCAGCAUUUAAGUAGGACAGAUAUUCAUAUGAUCCUGUUAUUCUGGCUGCUUCAUAGCAGUUAUCAUGUACUGAUUGAUAGUUUUUUAAAAAGCAAAUAGUGCUUUUUAAAAAUUUUUAUACAAAAAUUUUGUAUAUUGCAAGAUCAUGUCAGGUAGAUUAGGUAUUCUUGAAUUUCACAAUGUCACAAGAUGAAAUUGUCCUGAAACCUGAAAACUGCAAGGUGGAAGGGCAUAGAGGGAGCUCUUUGUGCCUAAAUCCAGUUUGUUGCACUUGGUGAAAAAUAAGGGAUUAUUACAAUAUAUCCAUGUAGCAUCAGACUUUUGCCCCUUAAAAUCAAGAGGCAGGGGUAGCUGUUGUUCCAGACCAUUGCACACUGCAGUGUGAACCACAUGCUGCUUACCUCUCAUCUCGCUGUGGAGCACAGUACUGCCCAGGUAUAGAUGUGUCAAGGUGCUGGCUGAUGUUCUGCUGUCAUAGGUGAACUUCAGUGGUUGCACUUAUAUUCCAAGACCAAAGGGAAUAGUCAGAGACAGCCAAAGAAACUGGAAUCAAGUCAACAUCUAAUAAAAAGCUGAGCCCUCAAUAGUAAUAUAUUGAAACUUCUGUCUUUAUAAGUUGACUUGAGCCAGUGUUUCUCUCAGGAGCCUUUUUUAUCUGAAUAUAAUUGGGGGUUUUUACACCAAAUAUUUUUAUUAAUGAACAUGCCAUAGGAUGUAGCUUAGGAUAGAAUUAGAUUUACUCUCAAACUGUGAGAACUACAUAGUGAAAUCCAGUGAGUGAUACCUGAAAGAGGCAGCUAGAGGUUUUACUGGCAGCAACUGACACCAAUCUCUGUAGUACUUCUGACAAAUUCAUCUUCCAUAACUGCUCUCCUUUAAUUAUUUUUUAAAUAGGUUUUAUAUGCUCUGCCUUUUACCUCAAUGGGUCAUUUGAUCUUAGAUGAACAAACAUGAGGGAAAUCACAACUGGGAUUGACUUUAUAUGCUGUUUUAGAACAAUAAAUUAGACAUAGAGAUAUAGGUAUUUUAUCUUAGUUUAAGAUAUGUGGAAUUCUUUGUUUUCUCCUCCCCAGAAUAUAGCUAUUAUAUUCUGCAAGGCCUCCCAAUGCCUUUUGAAUAUUUUCUGAAGAAAAGAACACAAACAGACCAUUGAAGAAAAAAAAGGCAUUUAGCAGCACUAAAAAGAAAAGUGAGAGUGUGUUGUAUGUUUUCACUCCCUUUUUUAGACUUAGGAUUGGAUCUCAUAUGUUUCCCUGUUAUGUGAGUGCUACAGAAUGUGGAAAAAGUGUUUACAAAUUGCAGGAAGGAUACAAAGGAUUUGUUGGUCUCAGAAGAGAAAGGAAUAAGGCUACUUCUUCAUAUUGUAAACAGAAGUUUUACAUAUUUCUUAAAUAUUGUAAACAGUGGAGUUGAUUAAUUCUUUUAUAUUUAUAAGGGUUUUAUCAAAAUAAAAUAUGGAUUUUAUUAAUGUG